ACGCCUCCUUUAGGGUUCUUCCUCAGACGAACCAAAACCCCCACAUUACAUUUGAUAGAAGAAGAGCUCCGAUCGCCAAAAGAUGAGUUUGAUCCUCAGAUUCAGACAACACUUAUCAACCAAGAUAUCUCCACCACUCGCCUCUCUCAUCACCGGUCGCCGGAGAUUCGGACAACCGGCGAGAAAACAGGAUGAAGAGGAGGAAGAAGAAGUAGAAAUAGAUCAGAGGAAGCUCCCGACCGACUACGAUCCCGCCACAUUCGAUCCGACGGAACACCGAAGCCCGCCGACGGACCGCGUGUUCCGCCUCGUCGACGAGAUCUCGUCUCUGACGCUGUCGGAAAUCUCAGAGCUCGGCGCGAUUAUAAUGAAGAAGAGAGGCAUCACGGAGACACCAACCGUCGCCGUUAUGAAACCCGGAGCUGGAGGUGGUGGUGCCGGCGGGAUCGCUCAGGGUCAAACCGGCGGUGGUGGUGCGAGUGAGGAAGCGAAAGUGGAGAAGACUGUGUUUGAGGUCAAGCUUGAGGGCUUUGAAGCGUCUGGGAAGAUCAAGAUUAUUAAGGAGGUGAGGAGCUUUACUGAUUUGGGUCUUAAGGAAGCGAAGGAGUUGGUGGAGAAGACUCCUUCGGUUUUGAAAGCUGGUGUUUCUAAGGAAGAAGGUGAGAAGAUUGUUGAGAAGCUCAAGGCUCUUGGUGCUAAAGUUGUUCUUGAGUGAUUGAUUCGAAAGCAAGGUUUCGAUUUUUUUUUUCUUUCUUUUGGUUCCGUCUUGAUAGGAGCUAAUAAAUGUAAUAGAUUAAACUUAAAAGCAGCUUUGUCUCAUUGCUAUAAUUGGUGGUUUUUGAGAGAUGAUCAAGUACAUCAAAUGUUUGGGAACCGUUGUGUUGUAGUUUAGUGUUGUUUUUUGUGGCUUUGGUAUUGGCUUUAGUUUGAAGCAUAUUGGUUUUGUCUC